UUCAUGAGAAUAAUAACGAAAAGUCAGGGGAUUGCCAAAGAUAGAAUAAAAGCUACUAUUACACAUCACAACAGGUAAAUGAGGAGAUGAAGUCAUUGUCAGGAAGUGGAUCCAAAUUUCCAGGAAGUAGAUGCUAUACUCAUUUUCAGGAAGCAUCGCCUCACAGACUGACAGUAAGAGUGUGAGACCGAGAGAGAAUCACCAUGGAUCAGAUCAGAUGGAUUAUAAUGUCUUCAUUUCUGAUGCUGCUGGUUCAGUUUACAGCAACAGCUUUGAAACCAUCCUCCUCCACUGUCAGGGUUGGAGAUGAAGUGACUUUGUCUUGUGGAAAUGGGAUAGAUGAUCAGGAUCAGUGUUACAGUGCUACCUGGUUCUUCACUGGAUCAGGAAACAGAGUAACGCUGUUUGAACACGGGCAGAUUCGUAAAGAAGCCAAAACUAAAUCAGACGGACUGAGUGUUACAGAGAACUGUUCUCUGGUUAUAAAGAAGGUCACAGAUGAGGAUGCUGGUAGUUACAUCUGCAGACAGUUCAGAUCAGGGGAACAUUAUGGUGGAGACACAGUCUAUCUGUCUGUUGUUACCAUGACUGAACAGAAGAACGAUGAUACGGUCACCUUGAUCUGCUCUGUGUCGAGAUAUUGUGACCACUCAAUGAAGUGGCUGUAUGAGGGUGAUAAGAAUGACGUGGAGACAACACAGUUUUACUGUUCUGCCACUGUGACAUUUACAACAUCUCAUCUUCAUCAGAAGUCAAAGUAUUACGAGUUAUUGAAAUGUAAAGUGACAGAUGAUUACAGUGGAAAUGUGCACCUGUUCAGCUUCAUCCCUCUUCAGUCCUCCGGUGAGAAACCAGGUGAUGAUGCAACAACUACAAUAUCUCCGACUACAAAUGAAUCACCAAUGACAACAGGAAAUAAAUGGACAUCAGAAGAGACAAACAACACGACAUCUGAAAACAACAAUCAAACUAAACCAGAAGGCUGGUGGAGGAUCAUCGUCAUGUCUCUGGGUUUAGCAUCACUCAUAACAAGUGUUGUGGUGGUCAACAUCUGGGCGAGAGCUAAAGGUGAAAACAUUCUUAUUUUGGCUUUUAAGGGAACAAAACAUCAUAGAAGACAACAUUGAGCAUGAAGAUGAAGUGACAGUGACCUAUGAAAACGCUGCAGAGCCUUCUACCUCUGUCUGACUCCACUGAUCAACAACAUCAUCUCACCACAGUCCUCUGCUG